CAUCCACCUGCCUGCUGUUACAGUAACCGUGUCCUGACUGCACCCCAGGACAGAUGCCAGUUUCACAUUUCCCUAAAACAACCAACACCUAGCCUUUUAACUGAAUUGUUUAAAUCAUUUCAGUUACGAUAGGCAGCUUUCUGAGAGGCAAAGUUGCCUGCAAUGGACCAUAAGCGAGAUAAGGACCAAGAUGGAGAAGUUGAGAAGAUUACUGCUGUGCUGCUCAAGUCUCGUUCAGGAGAAUUUGAUUUGGAGUCUAUACUGUUUCUCAAAUUGAGAAGUGUUGGAAUACAUGACCUUGGAUGCAUCGGGGAGUGUAUAAAUUUAGAGAGACUGGACCUCUCGGGAAAUAAUAUCUCAAAUUUAGCCCCUCUAGGAUCACUUCGGCUUCUUUUAGUGCUCAACUUGUCUUCCAACAGGAUUUCCAAUUUAGAACCUCUGCGUACUUGUGAUGCUUUACAAAACUUAAAUGUGGCUGGUAAUGUCAUAAACAGUAUCGAUAGCCUUUAUUGCCUUCAGUCUUUGAGAAAGCUCGAAAGCAUACGUCUUAAAGAUAACACCUACAAUUACACUAAUCCAGUUUGCAGAAACUCAUCAUAUAGAUCUGUAGUUCUUGAGAUGUUUCCCAACAUCAAAGUGCUGGAUGGUGAACGAGUGGUCGGACGUGGGAGUGAUUUGUACCAGUUAUGUAAAGAUAUUGACGAUACCAUCAAAGCUGGUAUAUGUAAAAAUGGGCAGCUUGUUGAACAUCCUGAUUGCAGACCAUGGGUGGAAGAUACUUACUGGGAGAUAAAGAGGUCAAAUAAUACCAUUAUUGAAGAAGCCUACAAACAAUUUAACGAUGUUCUUCAUGAGUGCAGGCUCCUCAACAACAGAGCGACACAUGUAAUUUCACAAACUGAAAGGUCUAUGAGCCUUAAGAAACAGUCAAAGCAGUAUGCCAUCUGAGCUGGGCUAUUUUUGAUACAAUUGUGUGCAACAUUCAGCAACGUUUUUGUUUUACAUUUUUAAAAAAUACCAUGGCUGUCUGUACUGUAGGAUUUUCAAAUUACUUAGCUAUAUCCAAAUGCUUGACAAGUAUUAUUGCCAGACACAUGCUCUGUUUUGCAGUGUGAGGCAUUUGUUGACAUUUAUUACAUCCUAUGCACUGGGUAUCAUGGUGAUACAUGUAUGUGGUUUGAUAACCUUUAUCCAUGCUGACACCCUUCAGUUUGGUUCAAAGAUGUCUUUACUUGCACAGUGUGCAUUUUGUGCCAUGCUGUAGCCUGCAUUUCUGCUGAGAGCUAUGCUGCUUAAGAAUUUAUAUAGGUUUUCAGUGUGUAAGAGCUUUUCCAUUUUGCAUUGCUAGAUCAUUCUGGGAGCUUAUUUGUCCCAUGCUGUAUGCUUUGUAAGUUAAACCUUUGCAAAAAGUGAAUGAUUGUGGCAGCUGUUUCUACUUGUUUUAUACCAUACAGUUUGCUAUGUGUACGACCGACUUGUGGAAAAUAAAAUGUUUUUAAAGGGCA